CGGGAGACUGACCCUUGAAACAAGGUUCAAACCUCGUGUGGCUACGGUGUGGCCAUACUCGAUCGUGAUGCUCACUCGAAACAUACGGAGGAAAUGCCAUAAAAUUGCUUUUGCUACAAAGAACAUCCAAAUCUCGAAAAAGCACUGGAUAAGAUGGUAAGAAAGGGCGCACUUGAUGCAUAUAUUCGGGACAAUAGCAAACGCAAUUUGGAUGGCUUAUUAGGUCUGCGUGAAGCGAGAACAAUGAAUGGCUGGGUCGAAGACGGCAAUCGAAAGUCUGUAUCCUUCCCGUCCAGCAAGGACGACGUUGGAAUCGCGUCCGCAAAUAGUCAAUGUGUGGAGGUGCCAGAUUGGAGGGCCAUCGCCGUCAAAGAGCGAGAGUGAAAGACGAACGCGAGAUCCCGGCGUCUGCAACAAUUAUUUUUUUGCCUGUCAAGAAGCGUGAGUCCAUUGCUUUUAUUGUGGGUAAUUUCUUUCAGCCAUUUCAUUUUUCUUCCUGCGCUUCAAUUGCGCAACGCUUUAUACAUAUAGAUAGCAUCAUGAUAUGAGCCGGUAUUUACCAAGCCCGAGAGCCGGCCGCUGACGAGGUGGCGCCACUUUCGUCUUCUGGUCGCUGACGGCUAAAGCCCGAAGUCCGGCAGCGAUAUCCCUAAGUGACGAGAAUAUUGCCAAGAAUGAAGAUGAA